CAGCAGUGAUGCCCGGCGGGAAGAGAGGGCUCGUGGCGCCGCAGAACACUUUCCUGGAGAACAUCGUCCGGCGCUCGAGCGAGACGAGUUUUCUGCUGGGGAACGCUCAGAUUGUGGAGUGGCCCGUGGUCUACAGUAAUGACGGCUUCUGCAAGCUGUCGGGAUACCACAGAGCUGAGGUCAUGCAGAAGAGCAGCACCUGCAGCUUUAUGUACGGCGAGUUAACAGAUAAGAGGACCAUAGAGAAAGUGAGACAGACGUUCGACAACUAUGAGUCCAACUGCUUUGAAGUGCUGCUUUACAAAAAGAAUAGGACUCCGGUGUGGUUCUACAUGCAGAUCGCACCGAUCAGAAACGAGAAUGACAAGGUGGUGCUCUUCCUCUGCACGUUUAAAGACAUCACCGCAUUUAAGCAGCCUAUUGAGGAUGAGAGCACCAGAGGCUGGGGUAAGUUCGCCAGGCUCACUCGUGCUCUGACCAACAGCCGGACCACCAUCCAGCAGCUGGCUCCCAUGAGCAAGCCUGAGGUCAGCUCCCACAAAACGUCUCGACUCGCUGAGGUUCUUCAGCUCGGUUCAGAAAUCCUGCCUCAAUACAAGCAGGAAGCUCCCAAGACACCUCCUCACAUCAUCCUCCACUACUGCACCUUUAAGACCACGUGGGAUUGGGUGAUCCUCAUCCUCACCUUCUACACAGCCAUCAUGGUGCCAUAUAACGUCUCCUUCAAGACCAAGCAGAACAACGUCACCUGGCUGGUGCUGGACAGCGUCGUGGAUGUCAUCUUCCUGGUGGACAUCGUGCUCAACUUUCACACCACUUUCGUCGGGCCCGGGGGCGAGGUCAUCUCCGAUCCCAAGCUGAUCCGCAUGAAUUACCUCAAGACCUGGUUUGUGAUAGACCUGCUCUCCUGCUUGCCUUACGACAUCAUCAACGCUUUCGAGAACGUGGACGAGGGCAUCAGCAGUUUGUUCAGCUCCCUGAAGGUCGUGCGCCUGCUGCGUUUGGGUCGCGUGGCACGGAAACUCGACCACUAUCUGGAAUACGGCGCGGCCGUGCUGGUCCUGCUGGUGUGUGUGUUCGGCUUGGUGGCCCACUGGCUGGCGUGUAUCUGGUACAGCAUCGGAGAUUACGAGGUCAUCGACAAGCUCAGUAACACCAUCAAGACGGACAGCUGGCUCUACCAGUUGGCCGCGAACACCGGCUCGCCGUACCGCUACAACGCCAGCGGCUCCGGCCAGCUGGAGGGCGGGCCCGGGAAACACACGCUCUACAUCACGUCCCUGUACUUUACCAUGACGAGUCUGACAACCAUCGGAUUCGGGAACAUCGCGCCCACCACCGACGGGGAGAAGAUCUUCUCUGUGGCCAUGAUGAUGGUGGGAUCUCUUCUGUACGCAACAAUUUUCGGAAACGUGACCACCAUCUUCCAGCAGAUGUACGCCAACACCAACCGCUACCACGAGAUGCUGAACAACGUCAGGGAUUUCCUGAAGCUUUACCAGGUGCCCAAAGGCCUGAGCGAGCGGGUGAUGGACUACAUCGUCUCCACCUGGUCCAUGACCAAAGGCAUAGACACCGAGAAGGUGCUGUCCAUCUGUCCCAAGGACAUGCGCGCAGACAUCUGCGUCCACCUGAACAGGAAGGUGUUUAACGAGCACCCGGCGUUCCGAUUGGCCAGCGACGGCUGCCUGCGCUCACUAGCCGUGGAGUUCCAGACCAUCCACUCGGCUCCUGGGGACCUCAUAUUCCACGCCGGGGAAAGCGUGGACACGCUGUGCUUCGUGGUCUCCGGGUCACUCGAGGUCAUCCAGGACGAAGAGGUCAUCGCCAUACUAGGUAAAGGUGAUGUGUUUGGCGACGUGUUCUGGAAGGAGACGACCCUAGCACACUCGUGCGCUAACGUCAGAGCGCUAACCUACUGCGAUUUGCACAUCAUUCACCGAGACGCUCUGCUGAAAGUGCUCGACUUCUACACGGCGUUCGCCAACUCCUUCUCCCGCAAUCUCAUCCUCACCUGCAACCUCCGCAAACGGAUCAUCUUCCGUAAGAUCAGUGAUGUGAAAAAAGAGGAAGAGGAACGUCAGCGCUCAAAGAACGAAGUUCCGCUGACCAUCCCUGUGGACCAUCCAGUCCGAAAACUCUUACAGAAAUUUAAACAGCAGAAGGAGCUUCGCAACCAGGAGGCUUCAGUCCAGAUCGAUGUGGAGAAGAACCAGCAUCAACUACACACACACAGCUUCCAGCUCCGAUCACACGCUCAGCUACAACACACACACACAUCCAUCCCCCAGACCACACUGCAUGCGGUGCAGAACGGGAGAUCUAGCAUAGGUUCCUGUAGCAGCGUGGUCACCAUCUCGCAGAUCACACCCAUCCAGAACUCUUUGUCCUUCUCCAAACCUGGCGACCCACUCAAACAAAACAACUGCGAUGUCAUGGAACUGAAGCCUGCUGGAGAUCAAACCCCGAGCAUGAAACUGAAGCUGAGCAACACCGCGCGGACCAAACCGGUCGCGGCUGGUCGUGGGUGGAUGCGACUGAAGAACAACAUGGGCAUCCCGAAUUCACCACCACAAGAGGGCAGGAAAGAAGGGCUGAACAACGUGACAAAAGCGGCGUCUAUAGAACGGCUCUCGCCCGAGGUCAAGGUGCAGAUGGAAGGCGUCGUGGACGUCAACGGGUCCAGAAAGAACUCGCUCCGUAAAACAGACUCAUGGGAUAGCGGGUUGACCCAAAGUGAUCAGAGACUUGAUAACGUAGAAGAAGUGCAAAGUCCUGUAACGGGCGAUGGCAGCUGUGGUGGAGGAGAAGGACUACCGAGGGAGAGGUUCUCACACCAUGAGAUGUCUUUUCAGACCACGCUUCAGGAGGCAAAGCUGGAGCUACGUAGUGAGAUCCAAGCUUUGGGUUCCAGGAUGGCCGUUUUAGAGGAACAUGUAGGCCAGAUCCUCAGACUGCUCUCAGAACAGAACGAUUCGUCGGGUCAGACGUGUACGCCCCAGAUACACAGACCCAAAUCCCGAACAGAAGAACUUUUCCAUGUCUCUAACGCACAUAGUUCUGAUUCAGAUAGCGAUGAAGUUGUGAUCUGAGCAAGGGCAGAAACGAACCCUGAACCAAACUAAAAUGAACCUCCUAAAGGCCGGGUCUUUGUGUGAAUAAGGCGGGCUUUGCUUGGAGGUUCUAAAAAUUAGAAAGCGUCACAGAAAAUUGACGAGUCCCCCAAAAGCGAGUGCUUAAACAGUGGACGGUGGGACCGGUGGAGCAGUGUGUGUAGACUGGAAUCUCGGGACCUUCGCUAGAAAACUUUGCACAACACUCAUGUACUUUUUAAGACUGAGAAACUACUGAGAAGCUAUUUUCUGAUUUAUUUUUUAACUCUGCAUGUACAGACAAGUUCUGGUUUGCCAAAGACAAAAAGCCUAUCGAUCGGUGAUAAUAUUUGUACGAUACUC